UCCAUUUUCACUGUCUUUUCGCGGGUUUCACAGGCGCGGGUUUUUGUGACGCGUUGAUGAUAUUCUUAUAGAUAUAGAUUCGUGUCAAUCCUAAAGCCUAGAGACUUUUUGCUAUAGAGUUGCUAUCCAAUUUAAUUUGCAUUAAGGUUGAUAGAGAAAAUGCAUAGUUCGAUAUUACCGUGGUAUUCCUUUAGUCUCUUUGACGAACAACAAUACAAGAAAAACUUGAGAAGAAGAACCACUCUACGUUACAGGCCCAUUUCUGCUUGUUGCAUCUCACCUAGUAAUAAACUGGUGAUCUCUGCUUCUGCAUCUGGUGUGUUGGAAACUUAUGACCUGGCUCACCACUGCUCAAGAUCUACUCACACCAAUAUUCACUCAACUGCUUGUUUCCAUGUUCAAGAGGGUUGUAUCUAUUCUCUCGUUCCCGACGAAAAUCACAACUUGUUAUGGCUUGGAGGCGAUAGAGACUUGCGUUGUUUCCAUUGGGAUGACUUGGAUACACGGUUGUCUCUAAGUGAAAACAAAUUGGACGCUGUUCAAAGGAUAGAUAUGGGAUACGGGGAAACCAACGGUAUCGCAAUACAUUCUUCACAAAACUUGAUCAUUGCUGCUGGUGGAGACUCAAAAGCAUAUGUAUACGAUUAUGUACGAUCGAAAGUAGUUACUACUUUGAAAGGACACGAAGAUUAUCUACAUGAUGUCAUAUUGGAUAAAAAAUCGAGUUCACUUGUCGCCACCUGUUCAGAGGAUUGUACCUUACGAUUGUGGGACCUGAGAAGUGGACAGUGCAUUCGCACGAUUGAUAGAAAGAGAAAGCACCGUCCAAGCAGUUCCAAACGUUUUAUUACCACUGCAAUGUUCGAUAGUGAUAGUAAUUUUUUGUUGAUUGGAGAUGGAGCAAAGAAUCUAUCAAUAUGUUAUGUGGCUACCGGAGAAAUUGUUCGAUCCACUUCAUUCAUGGGUAUUCCAAGUAGAUUGAGGACAUACGAAGAAAAUGUUCUCAUAUCUUGCUUUGAUGACAACGUGAUAAGACUAUGUACAUGGGGAAUGAACACGGUUGCAGAAGCAAGAGGAUAUAAUAAGUCUGUAUUUGAUGUUUCAGUUAGCAGUGAUGAAUCGUUAUUUGUUUCAUGCGUCCGUCAUUUCAUAUUUUCGGCCAUCAUCACGCUGAUAUUCAUUUUCCUAGGGAACCUCGGAGCUCCUCGACGUCUACAUUAGAUCGUUCGUACCUUCUAUGAGACUUCGCUCGCAAUCUCAGUAUCUUUGUAAUUGACGUCUAGUUUUCUCACUUGUAAAAUAGUGGUAUAGUCUAUUCAGAGAAGUACUUGCUUAAAUUAUAUAAAAUUGCUAAUUUUUCC